GCGGAGUCUCCUGAGAUGGCCCUGCAGCAUAAAUGUCGUCACCUGGCUCAUGAAUCAUCAGACAGCAGAAAUCCCUCCAUCGCCCUGACUUUCCCGGUCUCAUUGGAAGAAUAAAAUCUUCUUUUUAGAGUUUCCGUCGAGACUACUGCGUGCCCUGAUUAUUUCCGAGAAUGGCGCCGAAGACCGUUCUUAUCACGGCGGCUAGUGGUGCGAUAGGCAAGGCGACCAUCAAGGCGCUCGGCCAGUCGCCUGACAGCUUCGCCGUGAAGGCUGGCGUUCGCGACCCUUCCAAAUCCGCGGACCUCGCUGCGAUUGCUUCCAACGUCUCUGUGGUCGCGGCUGAUCCGCUAAAAGAGGCGGAAAUCUCAGGAGCGCUUCAAGGAGUGGAUUACGUGUUCGUGAUCGCUCCUGGCCACGCUGACCGCCAGAAGAUCGCCAUCGCGGCUAUUGACGCUGCCAAGGCUGCAGGCGCGAAGUUCAUCCUCGUCCUCUCAGUUUCUACUGCUGAACUCAUGGACACGAUUUUUGGAGGGCAAUUCUGGCCUGUGGAGGCACAUGCAAAGGCGUCCGGCCUGCCGUUCACCAUCAUCCGCCUGCCACUGUUCAUGGAGAAUAACUACGGCUUCGCAGAAAGCAUCAAGGACGCGAGCGCCAUCUACUCGUCGUACGAGCCUGACAAGCCGUUCACUGCAGUUUCUGUGGACGAUGUGGGGGAAGCUGCAGCGAAGAUCUUUGCUGAUACAGAGGCACAUAAGGGCAAGACGUACAACCUUACUGGACCAUCUGCAACAGCUGCUGAUAUUGCACAUGCCUUUUCUGGUGCUCUUGGCAAGGCAGUAUCCUACAAUUUCGUUCCGUAUGAGGCGAGCAAGAACUGGUUGACACACAGUGGCUUUCCGGAGUGGCAGGCGGAUGGGGUAAUUGAGCUCUUUAAGGCCAUAAAUGCAGGGGCUGUACAAACCAACGACCCUGCCAAUGGGAAGACCCUUGAGACCAUCCUAGGCCACCCUCCCACUUCGGUGAAUGCGUGGGCAAAAGCGCAUGCUGCAGCAUUUGCAUAGACUGUAUUUCUUUAGGAGAAUGAAGCCACAAAUGAUUUGAAUUGGAUGGAUGUAUAUGUUGUAAUGAAUAUUAUAACAUGUUCGGGAGAUGGUACA